AUGCGUGGCUUCUUCUCGGCCGUGGCAGCUUUCGUGCUGGCCGCUUCGUCACUCACCGAGGCCCAUUCCCUCCAAAGGAACCCUCUUCACUACAUCAGCCGUGUCGAGACACCGAUAAUACAUACACCGGCACACAGGGUGCAUUCCCACUCGGAGUUCGACAUUACCUUCCACCUCGAUGGAUCCCGACGUGAGAUACGCCUGUCGCUGCAACCAAACCACGACGUGCUCGCGCACUCCGCCACAGUACAGUACCUCGACAACGACGGCAACAUCGCCCGCCAAGAGCCACUUCGCAAGGAGGACCACCGGAUAUACAAGGGCGAUGCCUUCAUUCAAUACCCGGGGCGGCCCGACUGGAUCAAUGCCGGCUGGGCGCGCAUCACAGUUCUGCAGGAUGGCCAGCACCCGCUGUUCGAGGGCUCCUUCCGCAUCAACGGCGAGACGCACCGUGUCAAGACUAGUGCUAGUUUCAGGCAGACCCAACACGCAGACGACCCGGACGUGCCCGAGGAGGCCGAGGAAUACCUCGUCGUGUGGAAGGAUACCGAUAUCAAGUCGUUCUUCGACUCGGACGAGUUGAAACGCAGUCUCGGCGGGGCUGACAGUUCGUGCUCGUCCGACACUCUCGGCUUUAAUGUCGAUACCUCGCAGCCGAUCUACACGGGACUGGAUGCGCGUGGCUUGACUGCCGGCGUCGAUGCCGAGGCACUCUUUGGGCGGGAUAUUGAUGGUCUUACCGGCGACAACGGUGCUGGUGUCAACCUCGCGAGCACAGUCGGGUCCACAACCGGGUGUCCGACUACACGCAAGGUUGCUCUCCUUGGCAUAGCGGUGGAUUGCACGUAUCGCGCGUCUUUCAAGACCGAGUCAGACAUGCGGUCCAAUAUCCUCGACGUCGUCAGCACUGCCUCGCGGCUCUACGAAGAUACUCUCAACAUUUCCCUUGGUCUGCAAAACCUGACCAUUGUUGGGCCCGAAUGUCCCGGAUCGCCGCCCACGAGCACUCCGUGGAACGUCCCCUGCGGCCCCAAUACCAGCAUCACCAGCAGACUUAAUCUGUUCUCGGCGUGGCGUGGUCAGUUCACCGACAACAACGCGUACUGGACGCUGCUCUCCACUUGCCCGACGGAUGGUGCUGUUGGACUCGCAUGGCUCGGCCAACUGUGCCGACAAGGCUCCCAGGCUCAAGGCGGAAACAAUGCUGGUAACGAGACUAUCGCUGGUGCAAACGUGGUUGUUCGUACAGACCAGGAGUGGGAAGUGUUUGCCCACGAGACCGGACAUACUUUUGGUGCUGUCCAUGACUGCACUUCGACCACAUGUGCUGAUGGCACCUCAACCAUGCAGCAGUGCUGCCCCCUAAGCAGCUCCGGCUGCGAUGCUCGAGGUCAAUUCAUCAUGAACCCGUCGACUAGUUCUACAAUCACGCGCUUCUCGCCAUGCACGAUUGGCAACAUCUGCACGGGCCUGCUUCGGAAGAGUGUUGAUGGCAGCUGCAUGACCGACAACAGGAACGUCCCAAUUAUCACCGAAGCGCAGUGCGGCAACGGCAUCGUCGAGCCUGGUGAAGACUGCGACUGUGGCGGUAGCGCUUCUUGUGCGCAGAACAACUGCUGUGACGCCACCACUUGCAAGUACAGGGGCAAUGCGGUGUGUGAUCCGACCAAUGAGGAUUGCUGCACCAACCAGUGUCAAUUCGCAGCCAGCGGAUCGGUCUGCCGUGCCAGUACUGGCAGCUGUGAUCCUCAGGAAACUUGCCCAGGUACCUCGGCGAACUGUCCAGAGGACUCCAAAGCUCCCGACGGGGAUGCAUGUGGAGCCAGCGGUGCUGGACUCACCUGCGCAUCCGGGCAAUGCACAUCCCGUGACCUGCAAUGCCGGACGAUGGUUGGUGCUAUGUUGACCAACAACGACACGUAUGCUUGCAACUCUCAGGGCUGCAGGGUAUCGUGCCAAUCUCCAGAACUUGGCCAAAACACCUUUGGCCAGACGUGUGUUGUCAUGCAGCAGUACUUCUUGGACGGAACACCGUGUGACGGAGGCGGCAAGUGCAACAGAGGCCAAUGCCAGGGCUCCGACGGAUUCAGAUCCUUCUUGCAGCUGCUCCGCGACAAUCAGAACAUCGUCAUCCCGGUCUGCUCUGUCGUCGGCGGCCUCCUCGUGAUUGCAAUCCUCUCGUGCUGCUGGAGCUCGUGUCGCAGGCGGCGGAGGCGGAGCAAGAUGGCCGCCGCUGCCAAGGUGGCUGCUGCCAACAGGGGACCUCCGCCACCGCAAAGCAGCUGGAACAACUACAACAACGGCAGUGGUAGUCGGCAUGGGCAGCCUUAUGUGCCGAACGUACCAAUGCCUCCGCCAACGUACGGACAGUCCUCGGGCCGGCGAUCCUCGAGACAUGGACAAGGUCACUGGCAGGGUGGACCAUCGCCGCCUUCGCGCGUGCCCACGACGCGCUACGCCUAG